AUGCAUGCUAAAGCGGAGCAAACAGAGGCCUGCUAUAUCUUUGAAGUCCGUACUUGCAAGUGUUGUGGAGAGAAUCCAGAUGGAAGAAAUGGUCUAGUGUGCGAUUUGUAUGAGGAAAUGUAUCACGUCUCCUGUAUCGAACCUGCUGUUAAAGAAAUUUCCCUCAGAAGUUGCUUCAAUAGUCAGAGACUGAAUGCUUCCAGAUCACUGAUUAAUGCUGAUGGAGAAGAUGACCUCGUGGAUGAGGAAGCACCUGAGGAACUGGAAGAUAGUUCAAAUGAGCUAGUCGGCGAUGAACUUCAGUUGGAAAUGGAGUUUCAAAACUGCAAGGUUUGUGGAGCUGAGGUUAGAAAUGAUAAACAUUAUAGAAUUUGUGGCCAUUCCUUCUGUUCUCAAAAGUUUUUCCAUGUGAGAUGCUUGACUAGUAAGCAGUUGAAAUCUUAUGGUCUGUGCUGGUAUUGCCCUUCUUGCCUAUGUAGAUCUUACCUCACGGAUCGAGAUGAUGAUAAGAUUGUUCUAUAUGAUGGCUGUGAUCAUGCGUAUCACAUCUAUUGCAUAUAUCCUCUUCGCACUUGCAUCCCCAAAGGGAAGUGGUUUUGCAAAAAAUGUAAUGUUGAUAUCCAGCGUUUGCGCAGAGCAAAAGGAGUGUAUGAGAAUACACAAAGCAAAUCUAAAAAGAGAGCAUUGGAUGGAAUGCCAAAGGGCGAAGAGGGUUUGGAUAAAGAUGGUAGUGUUGACAUGCUUUUAAAUGUAGCCAAAACUCUGAACAACGAGGAAAUUAGGCAGCCAUGGGGUUGA